CUCCCGAACCUUCUCUUCCUUUCUUUCUUCUUCCCUCCCCGAGCUCCUCUUCCUCUUCUACUCUUCCCCCAUGAAACCCGGAGGCAAGCUCGGACGGUGCUCGGAAGGCAUUCGGGAGGAGGCCGGCUCGAGAUCGGUGGCGUUGCAGCCAACCGAUGGCACCGGCGGCGGCCGUGGUUCCACCUGCAGCAGCCACGGCCCAACCGAGGUUCUCCUCCUCUACUUCCGGCGGAAGAGAUGGAGCCCGACCACCUGCCGUGGAGCGACAGAACCGGCCAAAGCAGGUGGCAUACGCCGACACCUGCGGUCGGCCCGGCGGUGUCACGACGGCCGAAACAGGAAGAUCCCCCUUCGGCUCGUCUGCUCCGACCAUCUCCGGUCCAGUUCCAGCCGGCUCCACCCAUGGAAACCGGACCUAUACGAGCCAAGGAUCCCUCCCAUGAAUCGAGAGUGUAUCGGAGGGCGGCAGCAGAUGCGGCAUAGCUUUGUGAUCAGAGACCAUGACUCCAUACUGAUUAUGCCGGAGGUCAGCGCACAUUUGACAGAUCCAUUCCUGUGGCGGAGCUGCACGAGGCGUGGGAUGGUUUUGUAUAUACUAGACUACAACUGGGUGCUCGACAGAUAUUCCUAAAGUGACUCGUCCAUAGUGGUCGGCUGGAUCCGAUGCCGACGAACUAGGCCGGACCUGCGCCCACUACUCCGAGACAUUUGGAGCAUAGGAGAGGAGUUAGAACUAUUUCAAAUUUCGUAUGCAUUUCGAAAGACGAAUAAUGUUGCGGACUGAAUCGCCUCCUAUGCAACCCAUCAUUCCGAGUUUGUAUUUUGGAAUACUUCCAAUCGUAUGCCGCAAGCAUUCGAUCGUGUUU